AUGGGGUGGUUAAGCACGGUACUGCGGAAUGACCGGGUGGUGUUCACCUACCUGACCAUCAACGCUGUUGGAUGGUUCUUCGGCGUGCGAUACCUGCUCAAGAGAUGGCGAGACGACGCUGAGAUCAAGCCGGUGCAGCCCAAGACACAGUACAUCACCCAGGAGACCGAGGAUGCGCUCAAACUGACCACUCUUGACACCCUUCUCAACUACUACAACUACGCUAUCCGCGAGACAGCCGCCAAGAUUGUUUGCGACAGAGCUGCGAACGACAAGGAUACGGUGGAGAGAUUGCUCUGGGGAAUUACGCGCAAGGACUAUGAGGAGCGCACGAGAAAUUUACGGGCCCUCGCCAUCAUCACGGACUCUCAGAGCCUCGAAAGGCUCCAUAGGUGGAAAGCCUACGCUGCCCUCGUCAGGUCGCUGGAGUUGUCACUUGACCCGGAACAGGAGAAGCUCGAUUUCGACGACUGGGAUGAGUACAACUUGCGUGACAUGUCUGAAAAGUUGUGCCUGAUGUUCAUCAGCCAGUUGAUCAAUUGCUGCGAUGGUGUCGACAAACUUGUCAAAGCUAAGUUUGUCGAGAAAUGGUUGGCCAAACAAAAUUGGGGCAGCACACUGGAGGAACGACAACGGAACUUUGCGCUGUAUGUUCGCUCGAGAAACAACCAGCUCAACGACAUUAUCGCUGCGCUCCGCGCAUCUCGCUCUGGCCGCGAAGCGCUGGAAAAGGCCGGCCUCAUGCCACCAGCGUCGCCCGAAGACAGCGGCGCCGAGGACGGGCCCCCCCUGGUCGAACGAUUCAGUGUUGUGCUCCCAACGAAUGUCGACGUAAACAACCUGGGAGACUACGACCCUGCCAGACUCCUGUUCCGCUCCUUAGAAAACAUGCAGAACGCCGAGGACCGCCAAAUGAGGCAGCGACACCGUGAGGCCAUGGUUUUGAAUGACGGAACGCGGCCACUAAACAGCAGCGACAUCAUCCAGAGGAAUCUAGGUUCUCCUCGGUGA